UCCUCUUUCAUAGCUGUUAGCAGUUGCCUUAUGUAUUGAGGUGCCCCUAUGUUUGGUGCAUAUAUAUUUAUAAUUGUUAUAUCUUCUUCUUGGAUUGAUCCCUUGGUUAUUAUGUAGUGUCCUUCCUUGUCUCUUGUAACAUUCUUUAUUUUAAAGUCUAUUUUAUCUGAUAUGAGUAUUGCUACUCCAGCUUUCUUUUGAUUUCCAUUUACAUGGAAUAUCUUUUUCCAUCCGCUCACUUUCAGUCCUAGGUCUGAAGUGGGUCUCUUGUAGACAGCAUAUAUAUGGGUCUUGUUUUUGUAUCCAUUCAGCAAGCCUGUGUUUUUUGGUUGGAGCAUUUAAUCCAUUCACAUUUAAGGUAAUUAUCGAUAUGUAUGUUCCUAUGAACAUUUUCUUAAUUGUUUUGUGUUUGUUUUUGUAGGUCCUUUUUUUCUCUUGUGUUUCCUACUUAGAGAAGUUCCAAAUGCUCUACAAGCAUUUGUAGUAGAGCUGGUUUAGUGGUGCUGAAUUCUGUUAGCUUUUGCUUGUCUGUAAAGCUUUUGAUUUCUCCAUGGAAUCUGAAUGAAAUCCUUGCCAGUUAGAGUAAUCUUGGUUGUAGGUUCUUCCCUUUCAUCACUUUAAAUAUGUCAUGCCACUCCCUUCUGGCUUGUAGAGUUUCUGCUGAGAAAUCAGCUGUUAACAUUAUGGGAGUUCUCUUGUAUGUUAUUUGUUGUUUUCCCUAUUGCUUUCAGUAAUUUAUCUUUGUCUUUAAUUUUUGCCAAUUUGAUUAUUAUGUGUCUUGGCAUGUUUCUCUUUGGGUUUAUCCUGCCUGGGACUCUUGUGCUUCUUGGACUUGGUGGCUGUUUCCUUUUCAAUGUUAGGGAAAUUUUCAACUAUAAUCUUUUCAAAUAUUUUCUCAGGUUCUUUCUCUCUCUCUUUGCUUCUGGGACCCCUGUAAUGAGAAUGUUGUUGUGUUUAAUGUUGUCGCAGAGAUCUCUUAGGCUGUUUUCAUUUCUUUGCAUUGUUUUUUCUUCAUUCUGUUCCGUGGCAGUGAAUUCCACCAGUCUGUCAUCCAGGUCACUUAUCCGUUCUUCUUCCUCAGUUGUUCUGCUAUUUAUUCCUUCUAGUGUAUAUUUCAUUUCCGUUAUUGUAUGUUUGUUCUUUAAUUUUUCUCACUGUUUGUUCUUUAAUUCUUCUAGGUCUUUGUUAAACAUUUCUCGCGAUCUUUGCCUCCAUUCUUUUUCUGAAGUCUUCGAUCAUCUUCACUAUCAUUAUUCUGAAUUCUUUUCCUGGAAGGUUGCCUAUUUCCACAUCAUUUAGUUGGUUUUCUGGCAUUUUAUCUUGUUUCUUUAUCUUGUACAUAGCCCUCUGCCUUUUCAUCUUGCCUGUAUUUCUGUGAAUGUGGUUUUUGUUCCACAGGCUGCAGGAUUGUAAUUCUUGCUUCUGCUGUCUGCUCUCUGGUGGCUGAGGGUACCUAAGAGGCUUGUGCGAGCUUCCUGAUGGGAGGACUGGUGGUGGGUAGAGCUGUGUUUUGCUCUGGUGGGCAGAGCUCAGUAAAACUUUAAUCCUCUUGUUUGCUUAUGGGUGGGGCUGGGUUCCCUCCCUUUUGGUUGUUUGGCCUGAGGCGACCCAACACUGGAGCUUACCCAGCUCUUUGGUGGGUCUAAUGCGGACUCUGGGAGGGCUCACACCAUGGAGUACUUCCCAGAACUUCUGCUGCCAGUGACCUUGUUCUCAUGGUGAGACACAGCCACCCCCCACCUCUGCAGGAGACCCUCCAACACUAGCAGCAAUGUCUCAGGCUGUGCAGACAAACGGAACUCAACCAUUAAGCAAAACAUGGGAACUCAGUUUAUAUGAAUUACAACGAACACCUCAGGAGGCAAUAACGGAUGGCUUGGAAAUUGUGGUUUCACCUCGAAGUCUACACAGUGAAUUAAUGUGCCCAAUUUGUUUGGAUAUGUUGAAGAACACCAUGACUACAAAAGAGUGUUUACAUCGUUUUUGUGCAGACUGCAUUAUCACAGCCCUCAGAAGUGGCAAUAAAGAAUGCCCUACCUGUCGGAAAAAGCUAGUUUCCAAAAGAUCACUAAGACCAGACCCAAACUUUGAUGCACUCAUCAGCAAAAUUUAUCCAAGUCGUGAUGAGUAUGAAGCUCAUCAAGAAAGAGUAUUAGCCAGGAUCAACAAGCACAAUAAUCAGCAAGCACUCAGUCACAGCAUUGAGGAAGGACUGAAGAUACAGGCCAUGAACAGAUUACAGCGAGGCAAGAAACAACAGAUUGAAAAUGGUAGUGGAGCAGAAGACAAUGGAGACAGUUCUCACUGUAGUAAUGCAUCCACACAUAGCAAUCAGGAAGCAGGACCUAGUAACAAACGGACCAAAACAUCUGAUGAUUCUGGGCUUGAGCUUGAUAAUAACAAUGCAACAGUGGCAAUUGAUCCAGUAAUGGAUGGUGCUAGUGAAAUUGAAUUAGUAUUCAGGCCUCAUCCCACACUUAUGGAAAAAGAUGACAGUGCACAGACAAGAUACAUAAAGACUUCAGGUAAUGCCACUGUUGAUCACUUAUCCAAGUAUCUGGCUGUGAGGUUAGCUUUAGAAGAACUUCGAAACAAAGGAGAAUCAAACCAGAUGAACCUUGAUACAGCCAGUGAGAAGCAGUAUACCAUUUACAUAGCAACAGCCAGUGGCCAGUUCACUGUGUUAAAUGGCUCUUUUUCUUUGGAAUUGGUCAGUGAGAAAUACUGGAAGGUGAACAAACCCAUGGAACUUUAUUAUGCACCCACAAAGGAGCACAAAUGAGCUUUUACUAAAACCAAUUCUGAGAAUGAACUUUUUUAUAGCCUAUUUCUUUAAUAUUAAAGAUGUACCGUCAUUACUUUUAUGGACAGAACAUUGGAUAUGUUGUUCAGUUUUCUUUCUGAGCCAGAUUCGUUUACACUAUUAGAAUCUUUUCCCCUUAAUUUAAGAUAUCCUUUUUUGGAAGGGACUGCAGUUAUUCAGUACUUUUUCUUUCCUUUUAAAACUAUAUCUAGGGUUGUAUGUUUUCACAAAGUGUGGUUCCAUUUGGAGCAUCUUGGAGCUUUUGACCCAGGAAUUUUUCAUAGUUCUGUAUUCUUAAGUGAAGAUUCAGUUGGCCGUCCUUUCCCCUCCCCUCAGAAGUUUUUUAGGCCUACAGAAUGUUAAAUAAUAUGUAUUUUGACUUUUUUUCCUGGAGUCUUGUAUAUUUAUAGUUUUCUAUAUAAGCUGUAGUAUCUUCAUGAAGACCAAGGCUCAAAUUUACUGUGCGUAAAAAACAAUUCUCAUAGGAUUAUUAUUUUCAUGGUGUUUUCUUCCAUAAUAUCUCAUUUUUUUAAAAAAAGUUCUUUAUGAACUUAGUGUCCAUUGUCAUGCAAUGUUAUUUUCUUCCAUUUUUUUCUCUCUAAUUUUGGAAUUUCUGAUCCUGGGAAAGAGAACCAAACAAGAUCUCAAGUUCUGUGAGAACUUGGUUCAUUCACAGAUUUCAUUGAAGAAAGAAAAAUUAAAUUGGUCUUAUGUAGUCUUCAAGUGUAUAUUUAAAGAAGUCUUUUUUGCAUUAGUUCUACUGUCACCUCAGUUCCUUUAUUAUGUGUUAUGUUUUUUCCUAUUAAAAUACCAGAGACAUGGAGAUAUUUUGCACUUUAGCCUUGAUGAAAAGUACAAGAUAUGUUCAAAGCUUCCCUGAUUCUUUUCUUACUGGUAGCCACAUAAGUUUCAAAAAUAACAUGGUACAUAGAAGUAACAAUGGGGAAAAAUUUGCUUCUGUUUGAAAAGUGUGUUUAGCAUUUUGGGUUGCCAUAUCAGUUUAUAAAUUUUGGUGCUCUGCUAAUUAUACUCUUUCUAGAGAAGCAAGUUAAUGGAGCUUGAGCCCUGCCUUGAUGUGUAGUGAAAGAUAAUUCUGUAGAAGAAUGUCAGCCAGCAUGGUAAAGUUGUUCUACUCUUCUUAAUUUAGUUUUAUAUUGAAGGACAGUGUUUGGUGUUUAGAGCCAAAAGGCUUUAUGAUUACAGGUCAGAAAUAAGAUUGACUUGCGUUUUAUUUUUCGUCCCUGUCCUGAUUCCAGGUAUGUUUCCAAGUUUAUAUUAUCACAGUAUUUACAAAAACAUGUUUGCAUUGAGAAUUAACCAUAAAAGGUUUUUGCCAGGGGAGAGUCAUCCUCUAAUACCAUUGUAACUAAAGCCUGUGUUGUCAUUGUAAAUAUUUACCUGUCAUUUUUGACAGAUUGGGGCCAGCUUGAUGUUUUAAAUCUUCACCCCAAUACGAAAAUUAAAAGGCUUGUUAAAUUUUUUACCAUUUUAUCGAAAAUAUUUAAAAUCUGUUUUUACCUUGGGAAUCUGUGCCAUGAAAUUUGAAAACCACCAAAAAUCAAGGGAAAUUUUGUAGUCAGUUCCUUUUCUGGUAUAAUGUUAAAUUGUAUAGAUUAUUAAUGCAUGUCCACUGAAUAUAACCCUGGUUUUGUGAUAUAACUGCUUAGAUUUUAUUGGUGACAUUAGGUUAAUGGUUGCAUUAAAUAACUAAAUUCCCAUUGUGAUUAUUAAUUGAAAUUUGUCUUUAGGCAAAAAGUUAUUUGUGAAUAUAAGCUUUGUGCUUAGAGAAUGUAUGUGUUUUUAUCUGUCAGUAUGGGAGGAUGUAAAUUCUUUGCAUCAUUAGUGAAUUUAUUGGAUGUGUAAUCCUUUGAAAAAUAUAAUUAUAGGUAUUUGAUAAGAGCA